AUGGCCCCCCCUCGGACUUUAUAUGUAGCCCUUCUCCUCAGUCCUGUGUUCGCCAACCCAACCUUAUAUGGCCAACGAUCCGACUACUCGCCAUACUAUCACGGACAGGCCCACGAGUCUACCAUUGGCGCCGUCUCCUGCGAGUCUGACAUCUGCGCCCGCAUUGGCACAUCCUUUCUAAAGGAUGGCUCCAACGCCGCCGAUGCUCUCGUCGCAACUGUCUUUUGCGUCGGCGUUGUGGGAAUGUACCACAGUGGCGUUGGAGGUGGUGGAUUUGGAUUGAUUCGCAAGCCGGACAGCUUGUGCACAUCUGAAAAGGAGCGGUUCGAGUUUGUCGACUUCCGGGAAACUGCACCAGCUGCAGCGUACGAGGAUAUGUACAAGGAUAACUCGAACGGAAGUGUCUACGGCGGACUAGCGAGCGGCGUGCCAGGCGAGGUUCGUGGGCUUCAGCACAUCUAUGAGAACUACGGAAGUGGGAAGUUUAGCUGGGCGGAGUUGAUGGCGCCCGCGAUCGCGGUCGCGCGACUUGGGUGGCGUGUCAACGAGGAUUUGAUAUCAUACAUGGCCUCAGCUGUAGCUUCAGGCAGCACCGGGGAUUUCCUGGUGCAUAACGCAGAGUUCGCGAAAGACUUUGCGCCGAAUGGGACGAGGCUUCAAUUGAACCAGACGAUCACACGGGCACGGUAUGCGAAUACACUGGAGAAGAUCGCAAACGGUGGCCCGAAUGCCUUUUACGAAGGAGAGCUGGCUGAGGCAAUGAUUACUACGUUGCAGAGCUGCAAUGGUACGAUGACAUUGGAUGAUCUGAAGAAUUACACUGUGGCAGUCCGAAACAUUACACAGAUUGACUACCGAGGAUACAAAGUGUCGAGUAUUGGUGCGCCAGGGGGUGGGCCUGUGGCGUUGGCAGCGUUAAACAUCUUGCAGCAGUAUGAAGCAGUUGGCGAAGCAGGGCUCAACAUCACGACACAUAGGUUGGAUGAAGCGAUGAAAUUUGCGUACGGCAUGAGGACCGAACUCGGCGACCCUCUAUUCCUGGCAGAUAUGGACGAGUACGUCCAGGACAUGAUCUCCAAUGACCUCGCCUUAGCAGUGAAAGGUCGCAUCUCAGACUCCCACACCUUGAACGCUUCUGCAUAUGAUCCCAAGGGUCUUGAAAUUCUCAACACCCCUGGGACCUCACACAUCAAUGUCGCAGAUGCAUCUGGUAUGGCUAUUUCCCUUACAACGACUAUAAAUUUGCUCUUUGGUUCGCAAGUCGUAGUCCCGGAGUCCGGUAUAAUCAUGAACGACGAAAUGAAUGACUUCUCCAUCCCGAACGUGACCAACGCCUUCGGCUAUAUCCCCAGCCCAGCCAACUACGUCCGACCUGGUAAACGUCCACUCUCGUCCAUGUCGCCCGUAAUUGUUGAGUUCCCCAAUGGCACGCUAUACCUUGUCGUCGGGGCCGCCGGGGGUAGCCGCAUCACCACAGCGACCAUACAAAACAUAUGGAAUGUCUUGGACCGCAACAUGACAACGCUGCAAGCACUAAAAGAGCCGCGCUUGCAUGACCAGCUAAUUCCCUUGACCACGAGCUUUGAGUUUACGUACAGUAACGAUACGGUGGAUUAUAUGCGCGAGAAGGGGCAUAACAUCACUUUUGUAGCGCCUGGAGGUAGUACGGCCCAGGCGUUGAGGAGGUUAGGUAACGGAACGUUUGAGGCUGCGGGUGAGCCAAGGCAGAUGAACUCCGGUGGCUUUGCGGUGUAA